CCGGCUUCACGGAGAUGAUCAUGGCAGCUCGAACCGGUCAGAGGGCCCUGGCGAGGGUGGCAUCGGGGUGCCGUCCGAAGUCGACCACCGUGACGGAAGUCCCGGCGCGGGGCCCUGCGCGCAGCGUCAGACAGGUUUCUUUCUGUACCCUUGGCUGUCCUGGAACUAGCUCUUGUAGCCCAGGCUGGCUUUGAACUCACAGAUACCCACUUGUCUCUGCCUGCCAAGUGUUGGAAUUAAAGAUACUUAGCUUCCUGUGGUACCCUGAUGAACAGAACUCUUCCGAGUACCACUGUUUUGCCUAAAGAGAUCUAUGCAAGAACUUUCUUCAAAAUCACCGCGCCGUUAGUAAAUAAGCGAAAAGUCUAUUCAGAGAGAAGAAUUAUAGGGUACUCAAUGCAAGAAAUGUAUGAUGUAGUAUCAGGAAUGGAGGAUUAUAAGCAUUUUGUUCCUUGGUGUAAAAAAUCAGAUAUAAUAUCAAGGCGAUCUGGAUAUUGUAAAACCCGAUUAGAAAUUGGGUUUCCACCUGUUUUGGAGCGGUAUACAUCAAUAGUAACCUUGGUAAAACCACAUUUGGUAAAGGCAUCUUGUACUGAUGGGAAACUUUUCAAUCAUUUGGAGACUAUUUGGCGUUUUAGCCCAGGUCUUCCUGGCUAUCCAAGAACUUGCACCUUGGAUUUUUCGAUUUCAUUUGAAUUCCGGUCACUUCUGCACUCUCAGCUUGCUACAUUGUUCUUCGAUGAAGUUGUGAAACAAAUGGUCGCUGCCUUUGAAAGAAGAGCAUGUAAACUGUAUGGUCCAGAAACAAAUAUACCUCGGGAAUUAAUGCUUCAUGAAAUUCACCAUACCUAAAAGGAAAAUAAGAACUGGCACCAAUACUUUUGACUAUUUUAUUCACUUUUAGGAAGUACAGUCACCAUCUAUUGAGAAGUCAGCACGUAUUUGUUAAACUUGCCUUGAUUGUAAGAACCCGCCAUUGAAAAUUUGCACAUUGAAUAUGGACUGACUUGUACAUAGAAUAUUUCUUCGAUCAAGUGUAAUGCAAAGUAAUGUGUCCAUUUGCAGGUUCUGCCUUUGUAUUAAUGGGUGUCAUCACUGUUGCUAGGAUACUGCAUCCCUUGUUUGAGCGCAGAGUGAAACUUCAAGUCUUUAAUUAUCCCCUUACGUGGAAGGUUAGCUGAGUGAGAUAUGAUGUGCGUUCUAUGAACCGUAUCAUGUUUAAGUUAUUAGGUUCAGUAUUUUAACUUAUUGUUAUUGAGACGCCACUUGGCUUAAGAUAUUUGAGUAAUCAUAUAUUUAAUGUUAAAACUUUUGAUUUAAAAUACUGCUAAUGAAGUCUUAGCGCGUUUGGUAUUUUAAAUGGUUCUUGUGGGUAGCAGUAGAUGAUACACUGAGUGGGUUUUUUGUUGCGUUUUGUUUUUGGUGAGUGGUCCAGAGCUCUGAGCUACUUUUCUAGACAUUUGAAACCUCCUCCCAGGUGCUACAUCUGCACUUGCAAAAUGAUGUUUGUGUAUCAGAAUUUUGUCUGCCUCUGUAGGCAACAGAUAAUAAGUUAGUUAAUAAGCCUCCAGCACUGCACAGCCCCAUUUUCUAUUUAUUGUGCAUAUUCACUUUCAAUACUAUUCUAAACUAAUAUUUUUUUUAAAAAAACAAAUCAAUAUAAGGGCUGAAGUCAUAACUUAAUAAAGUUAAUUUGUUUAUUUUUGUAUAGUGA